UAGCGCAGCGGCAGCGGCAGCGGCAGCGCGGGAGCCCGAACGGCGCGGCUGCAAGGUCACCGCGCACCAUGGAGGCCAAGGUCCGCCAGAGCCGGCGCUCGCGCGCGCAGCGGGACCGCGGCCGGCGCCGGGAGGCGGCCCGCGACGCCCGCGACCAGAGCGCGUCGUCGGGCGACGAGACCGAGCCCGGGCCUGGCAAGGAGAACGCGGGCCUGCCCCGCGCGCCCCCGCCCCGCGCCGCCGCCGUGCGCCCCCCGCGCCGCCGCCGCCGCGAGUCCAGCUCGCAGGAGGAGGAGGUCAUCGACGGCUUCGCCAUCGCCAGCUUCAGCACGCUCGAGGCCUUGGAGAAGGACAUGGCCCUGAAGCCACAUGAGCGGAAGGAGAAAUGGGAACGUCGCCUUGCCAAGAAGCCCCGUGAGUCCGAAAACUGCCCGUCGGCAGAACCAAGUGAGAAUGGGCAUCCCCUGGAGAUUGGCAGCCCCGAGCAGGACCUGGAGUCUGCCUGUGACCGUGGGAAAAAGAAGGUCCCACUGCAGCCCACCAAGCAGAUGAAGGUCACCGCGUCCAGAGGGGGCGACCGCCACAGUGGGGACGACAGCCUCCACGAAGCCACCAGCUCCCAGACGAGCAGUUCUCGGGACCAGCUCAGUGACAGCUCCGCGCAGGCGGUGUCGGGCAGAGGCUACUCGUGUGACAGCGAGAGCGAAGGGGACGACAAGGCAUCUGUGGGCUCCGAGAAGCUCUUUGCCCCAGCAGCCGAUAAAGGCCCCACGCUGGGCGAGGAGGCUGAGGCCAAGGCCGGGGCGCCGCCCAAAGUCUCGGGCCUGGAGCGCAGCCGCGAGCUGAGCGCCGAGCCGCCCUUCCUGCCCACCGUGCGCAGCCCCGCGCCCUCUGCCGGCCCCGCGCCAGGCGCCCCGGACAGCCCGCCGGUCAAGAAGGAAGCCCCCGCCCUGCCCUGCCUCACCCCGCAGCCGCCGCCCGCGCCCCCGCAGCCCCGCGCCCCGCUCCCGACGCACGUGCCUCUGCCCCUGGGCGCCUUCGCCGGCCACGGCCAGGCUGCGCACAACGGCCUGCACAGCCUCAGCAGGAGCAGCAGCGCCAGCAGCAGCGCCAGCCUCGGGCUCGCGAAGCACGCGUCCCUGUCGCCUCUCGGGCCGGGCCCCCACCUGUCUACCUCACACUUGGCGCUCCGCUCGCAGGCCCAGCACCAGCACCACGCGGCGGCCAUGUUCGCUGCCCCCCCGACACUGCCCCCGCCCCCGGCGCUGCCGGCCAACAGCCUGGUCCUCCCAGGACACCCUGCCGAUGCCAGCCUGUUGAUCUCAUUCAGCCAGCCAAUCAUGUAUUGCCAGCCUCAUUCGGGGAUUCUGAUUGAUCACGAGCUGCUCAGGCAAGAGCUGAACGCGCGUUUUCUGGUCCAGAGCGCUGAGCGGCCCGGCGCUCCCCUGGGCCCGGGGGCUCUGCUGCGGGCGGAGUUCCACCAGCACCAACACACACACCAGCACACACACCAGCACCAACACACAUUUGCCCCCUUCCCUGCGGGGCUGCCCCCGACGCCGCUCCUGCCACCCGCCGCACCCCCGCCGUUUGAUAAGUACGCACCCAAGCUGGACAGCCCCUACUUCCGACAUUCCAGCUUUUUCCCGUCCUUCUCUUCUGCCGUCCCCGGACUGCCCACCCUGCUCCCACACCCAGGCCCCUUUGGGUCCCUACAGGGUGCUUUUCAGCCCAAGACUUCAAACCCAAUCGAGGUAACGGGCCGGGCCAGUGCUGUUCACACCCUCCUCCAGAAAGCCCCUGGGGUGUCCGACCCCUACCGGACCGCAGUCAGGAAACCUGGGAGGUGGUGUGCGGUGCACGUGCAGAUCGCCUGGCAGAUCUACCACCAUCAGCAGAAGGUCAAGCAGGUGCAGCUGGACCCCCACAAGCUGGAGGUGGGCGCCAAGCUGGACUUGUCCGGGAGACCCCCAGCCCCAGGCAUGUUCACCGGAUUCCACUACCCGCAGGACCUGGCCCGGCCCCUCUUCUCCGGCUCGGGUGCUGCCCAUCCCACUGCCAACCCGUUCGGACCGUCUGCCCAUCCCAGCAGCUUCCUGACCACCGGUCACCUGACAGACCCUUUCAGCAGGCCAGGGACCUUCGGGGGCCUGGGGAGCCUGGGCAGCAGCGCCUUCGGAGGCCUGGGGAGCCACACGUUGACUCAGGGCAGCGGCGUCUUCGCCCCCAAGGAGAGCUCCGCACUGCAUGGCCUGCCCAGCCCCCACGAGGCCUGGAACCGACUGCACCGAGGGCCGCCCUCCUUUCCCACACCACCCCCGUGGCCCAAGCCUGUGGACCCUGGUCGGGUCUCAGCCCUGACCAAUCACGACCGAGAGCCGGACAAGGGCAGGGAGGAGCGGGACCUCCUGGAGAAGACACGCAUGCUGAGCCGGGCCUCGCCCGCAGCCCCUCUGGGCCCCCCAGUCAGCAGCUUCCUGCUCCGUGGCCAGAGUGAACCGGGCCGGCCUGGGGGCCCUGCCGAGCGCGAGGCCGAGCCCCGCGUCAAGGAGAGCCGCUCUCCUGCCAAGGAGGACGGCGCCAAGCUGGCCGCCCGCCCGCCAUCUCCCUACAGCAAGGCGGCCCUGGGCGACAGCCUACGCCUAGCAGGCCUCCUGGGCCGAGAGCCGGGGAAGCCGCCGGAGGCGCCCGCCGAGCGGCCCCAGGGUGACGUCAAGGUCAAGGAGGAGCGCAGGGAAGACAGUGAUGCUCUCGAGCCCCCAGGGGCCGGCCUCCACCCAGCGCCCGAGCGUCCACGCGCGCCCCCUGCGCCCCUGCAGCUCGGGCCCAGCCCGGUGACCCGCGAGCGCCUGGGCUUCACGUGGGAGCCCCUGCGCGACGCCUACCGCGGCCUGGAGCUGCCCCGGCGCGCCCUGCCCGCCUCCGCCCCCGCCCCGGGCCCCGCCACCUUCUUUGAGCCCCCCGAGCGCCCCUACCGCGACCGCGAGCCCCACGACUACAGCCCAGAGCGCCUGCGGGAGGCGCGCCGCGAGGAGCUGGAGCGCGCACGGGCCGCACACCUGGGUUCCGCCGUGCACCUGCCCCCCGCCGCCGCGCACCUGGACAGCGCUGCGCUCCUGCCCGCGCUGGGCUCCCUGCACUACCCGCGCCUCGGGCCCGCGGCCGCCGCGCUGCACAACGGGCUCCUGGCGCGGACCCCGCCCGCCGCCGCCGCUGCGCUGGGCGCGCCGCCCCCACUGGUGGCCGCGGGCGGGCCCCCCACGCCCCCCGGGCCGCCGCCGCGCAGCAGGACUACGCCGCUCGGGGGCCACGGGCCCGAGGCGCGUGACUAUUCCCCAUCCCGCAACCCCCAGGAGGUGGAGGCACGGUAGUCCCCGCGGGCCCCCGCGCCCCGUGUACAGAGACCCUUCCACAAAUGCACUGCUGUAAACUUUUUUACGCGGACGUUUCUAGAACCUAAGCACAGCGCCGUCAGCCCUGGGGUGACACUUGCUUAACACCCGAAGUCUGCACAGUCUUUGCUGGGGGUGAUCUUUUGUUUUCCGAGCUUGGAAUUAGGCUACUGGAGAAUUCACGUUUGUACAUCUUUUCCCACAGGUGAGAAGCGUUUUUAAUAGAUUUGUAUUUUUUUCAAUUUUGUGCUCUUUAGACAUUUAAAAAGAAACAAAAAAGAAACUUUGCUUUUCUAUCUUCAGUUCAGAUUUGCAAUGUAAAGGCCUCAGAUCCCGCUCUAGAACCCCAGGAUCUUUUGUCUUAUUUAUGGAGAAAAAAAAAACGGUCAUUUUGUCCAGCGCACUGUGAGGCCCCCACUCAGGGCCCGCCUGGCCCUCCCUUGGUACUUGGAACCGAAGUUACAGAUAUAUAUUAAAAUCAUAAUAAUACUGUACAAAACUCUUUUUGCCUUAUGCAGAAGCAUAAGAAGAUUUCUUUUUUGGUUUGUUUUUAAAAAAAAAACAAAUGAAAUAUGUAAAUAGUCUGUUAAUAUGAAUAUAUGACGUUAUUAAAUUCUUAACCUAGGUAGACUUUAUAAAAGGCAGUUUCUAGAAACCUCUCUGGCUCGUGGUGUAACCUGGCCGCAAGCCCACUCGCUGUCGCUGCACGCGCUCAGAAGCUUCACUGUUGCAGAUCUUCAACUAUGCAAGCGCUCCGGGGUGGGGCGGGGCGGCCGGCCGGGGGCGUCCCUUCCCGCGGGCCGGGUGAGCCGGGCCCAGCCCUCCUCGGACCCGCGGCUCUGGCCGCAAGGACAGUUCUGUGGACCCCCGUGCCCGUUGCGUUCUCAGACUCCGUAGCAGAGUUUUAGGAGUGGAGAGUCUGGAGGUUCACUGCAAACAGGAAUAGUAGCUUCUGUCCACUCUCUCUGCGCGCAGGCCGUCAGCAGAUGUCCCUGCGCGCGCCCCUCCACCCGUGGAGGCCUUGGCAUGAUCUCCUUUUGGUUUCGGUUUUGCUUUCAUAACCACCCGAGCAUCCCCUUGUCCCGUCCUCCACGUCCCUCUCUGUUCCCUGGCAUCCGCGCCCGUGUCCGCUACGCUCUCGGGCCUCGUUGGUCGGACCGCCUGCGGCCAUCUGCUCUGUUCUGUAUUUUCGACCCGUGUGUCCCUUGUGGACUCUGGUGGUUUUAAACACUGAGUUCUCGUGUCAAUCAAUGAAGAUAAAUACAGCCUUGAUUUUGGAUCA